AUGUCACCCACACCAUGUCAUCCACACCAUGUCACCCACGCCAUGUCACCCACACCAUGUCACCCACACCAUGUCACCCACACCCUGUCACCCACACCAUGUCACCCACACCAUGUCACCCACACCAUGUCACCCACACCAUGUCACCUACACCAUGUCACCUACACCAUGUCAUCCACACCAUGUCACCCACACCAUGUCACCCACACCAUGUCACCCACACCAUGUCACCCACACCAUGUCACCCACACCAUGUCACCCACACCAUGUCACCUACACCAUGUCAUCCACACCAUGUCACCCACGCCAUGUCACCCACACCAUGUCACCCACACCAUGUCACCUACACCAUGUCACUCACACCAUGUCACCCACACCAUGUCACCCACGCCUACACACCCACACCAUGUCACCCACGCCAUGUCACCCACACCAUGUCACCCACACCAUGUCACCUACACCAUAUCACUCACACCAUGUCACCCACACCAUGUCACCCACGCCUACACACCCACACCAUGUCACCCACGCCUACACACCCACACCAUAUGUAUGUCAAGAUAUGAGGACAUGAGCGUCUUAGAUCUGGCCCAGGCGCGUGUACGCACGCACACGGGGUCCCUCAGGGAUCAGUGUAAGGACCUGUACUAUACUGUACUCUACUGUAUUAUGUCUCAUCGACUGACAGACACGACAGAGAAUGGUGACAGUGUUAAUGUGCUACAAGUAGACAUGACUGGCAGAAAUGAGAGGAUAAAUAUGUUAAAUUCACCAAAUAUAGAGAUUAUUUAA